AUGAUUGCCAAGCUGCAAUCAUCCCACUCCAAGGGUUCUGAGUUAGAAUGGGUUGACAAUUUUAAUAUUGGUAAUGUUGUCGAAGGAAAAGUUCAUGAGACAAAGGAUUUUGGAGUUGUUGUCAGUUUUCGGAAGUAUAAUGAUGUUUUUGGCUUCAUAACACACUAUCAGUUAAGUGGGAUAACUUUGGAAACUGGCUCCACUGUUCGAGCUGCAGUUCUUGAUGUUGCUAGGAUAGAACGUCUUGUGGAUUUAUCUUUGAAGCCAAUUUUGUUGAUGUACUCAAAGGAGAGACUUCUGAUGUCCAAACGCAGAAGAAGGUUAUCCCAUCAGUCAUAUCUUUUACUAAGAUGA